AUGGCUCGAGGUGAAAUCGGAAUGGCAGCGGUGGACCUCAAGCAUCCACAUCUUGUACUUUGUCAGUUCAGCGAUACGUUGCUUUACACGCACACAAUGACAAAAAUCAAUUAUUUUAAUCCGGUCGAGAUAAUAGUGCCGCACACGUUCUGCGAGGGCGCACAGCCCAGUCAAUUGUACAAGUUGAUCAAGGAUCAUUAUCCACUGGUGAAUCUAACGACAGUACAAAGGAGACAUUUCAACGACGCCGCCGGACGGCAACAUAUACAAACGCUCUGUGCCCCACAGUACAGUGCCGUUUAUUUGCAAGUGUUGCAGAAAUUCUAUGCUCUAACGGCAGCGGCAGCCGUACUGAAAUAUGUUGAAUACAUACAAUGUAUUGUGUUUGCCAGAGAAUCUUUAAAGAUCGAAUACCAUUCUUCAGAACAUACUAUGAUCAUCGACGUAGGAACGGCAACUCAACUAGAGCUGGUUCAACCACUAGUCCCAUCAGCUGGACCCACAUGUUGCCUGCUGGGAGUGUUAGGUCCUACAUAUACUAUUGGCGGUAUACGAGCACUAAGAGCUGCUAUUCUACAGCCGUCUUGUGAUAAAGACUUUAUUGAAGCAAGGCUUGACGCUGUACAAGAAUUAAUCGAGUGUGAUACUGGCUUGAUGGCGGAUUUGCAGGAUAUAAUUAAAAAACUAUCAGAAAUUGACAAGAUAUUAUUUCUGUGUAUGGAAACGCCAAACACGAACAUCGACAAAUUUGGCGAGGCGCAACUCAAUCAAACAUUACUUCUAAAAACAACGAUGGAGAUGGUACCUAAGCUAGUGGAAGCUCUAAAAACAGCUGAAAGUGGAAAAUUAAGAAAAAUAAAAAUGGAUUUCGAGAAUCCAAAUUACAAUGAAAUAGCUGAACGAAUUCGUAAAAUAAUUCAAGAGGACGCGCAUUUGGAAAAAGGUGCAGUGGGUAGCUUACAAAGAUGCUUCGCUGUGAAACCGGAAAUAAAUGGCCUACUAGAUGUUGCUAGAAGGACUUACUCGGAAUUGAUAGAAGAUAUACAGAAGAUAGUGGAACAGCUCAGCGAGAGUUAUGACUUGCCGAUAAGACUAAACCAAAAUGUUAUGAAAGGUUUCCACAUUGUGUUACCAGUUGCUCCAAAAAACAGAAGAAAUUUCAACGUAGAAGACUUGCCAGAUAUAUUUAUUCAGGUACACUUCAACGGCACAAGUGUAUCAAUGACUACUGAAGAACUCGUGGUUCUUGAUCAACAGGCUAAGGAGUCGCUCAACGAAAUACAGAAAAUGAGUAAUAUAGUUAUUUCAGAGUUACUUAAAGAAUUGCGUCCUUUUAUGUCAAGCCUUUACAAACUCUGCGAGAACGUCGCUGAAUUAGACAUUUUAUUAGCCAUGGCACAAUUUGCCAGCCCUGAAUACAACUUUACUAUAAUUACCGGACCUAAUAUGGGAGGCAAAAGCAUUUACAUUAAACAAAUUGCUCUUAUGCAGAUUAUGGCACAACUGGGAUGUUUCCUACCCGCAACGAAUGCGGUCUUAAGACUUUGCGACCGUAUAUUUUCUAGAAUAGGAUUCAAUGAUAGCGUAGAACUAAAUGCCUCUACAUACUUCUACGAGAUGAAGGAAACGCAACACAUUCUAAAAGGGUUGACACCAUCCAGUCUUGUUAUUAUUGAUGAAUUGUGCAGAGGAACUUGUUCGGAAGGAGGCACGAGCAUGGCGUGGGCUAUUUGCGAGGAAUUGAUAAAUAGCGAAGCAUUCACAUUUUUCACUACACAUUUUUUGUAUUUAAUGAGACUGCAAGAAUUAUACUAUAACGUAGUCAACCGCCACACAGUAGUGACUGAAGAAGUUGCAGGGACAGAUAAUACAGAACGAAGGCUCAUUUAUCACCAUAAGAUUGAACCAGGAGUUACUAAAAUUGAGCAUUACGGCUUAGGCCUAGCUGCUAAAACAAAUUUGCCUGAAGAAACUGUAAACCUUGCUUGGGAACUAGCUAAGUUGAUUGUGAAAAAUAAAACGCCACACUCUACGACAAUUCUAGAAAAAAGUGACGAAGAACUCCUUUACAAGCUUCAUGCAGAUAUUAAAUUGGAGAUGAGGAAAAACUUCAACGGAAGGGAGAAAAUUAAAGAAAUUAUUUAUAAAUUUAAAAUGGACAACCCACAAUUAAUCGAAAGAAUUAAAUCGCAAAAAAAUACAUCAAUUGUUUCAUCUGACUCUCCUGUUGAAUUUUCUUCUGAAAGUAAUGUAACUAAAAAUCAAGUAGUUACUGAGGAUCUGAGUACGAAAAAUCUGGGAACUGUAAUCGAAGGAAAAACUUCAUCUAGAAGUGGAAAAACACAAAAUAUACAUUUAACUCAAACCACUACUAUGCAACAUACAACAACCGAAAGUUAUAAAAAUAUUGAAGAUGAUAUCUAUGCUUCUGUUAAGCUAUCAACCGAAUUAUUAAAUACGUUUCCAAGCAGAACAGGCCAUUUCGAUACUAAAGAAAUUAUUCCUCAGAGCAUAACAACAGAAACAAGCUAUAAUUAUUCACCUCAUUUAAGUAAAAAAGAACCUAGAACAUAUGAAAACCGUGUUUCAACAAAUAAAAAUGAUAAGAUCGCCAACGAUGAUCAGAUAGAUCAUGUUAAUAUAUAUCACCGAGAAUAUAGUAAUACUGGUAGUAUUGAAACCAUAAAUGAUAAUUUACAUACAAUGCACGUGGAAGAUGAAUCGAAAUCGGAAAAUGAAAUAAAUUCCAAGGAGGAGAAUUCAGUUGAUAGCAACAUAAAUGUAGCAGACGCAUUAACACAGAUAGUUGAAGAAUAUCCUAUUGUGUCUCAUAGUUCAAGUGAAGGUAGUAACAAUAUUUCUUUGGAAGAAUUAAUGCAAGAAACUAUUGAAGAUAUACACAGAGAUUUAGAAAGCACUGACAAUAUUGAAAGUGUUAUUCUAACGCCACCGCUAAGUUUUCGUGAUUUCUAA